AAUCUCUGGGGCUCGUUCCUGAUGCCCAAUAUUGCCGUGAUUAACCAUUAAAUCAGAUGGUUUUGGCUGUGAGUGAAGCACAGGGAACAUUGCCCCGUCUCACCCCUGGAGCACUGUCAGUGGGGAGAGACCCCUCAGGGGUCUGGGACACCUUAAUUAAGACCUCAACUCCAUUUGCUGCUAUAGUCAAACAAGCAAGACACCCAGAGAUAGGGAACCCAGGGAUAGGAAACCACAUCAAACAUUAUCCUGGUGUCCUUGUGCUGCAGAACAGCAGAGCCUCGUUUGCCACAAGUCAGAUCCCAGGUGCCCACUGUGCACCAGAGCAGGGCUACCAGCCCUGAGACAUCCUGGCACCAACCCCCAGCAACAUCCCACAAAAAAUUAUACCUAUAAAACAUGAAAGAGUCUCCCAGGAUGAGCUCUCCCAGCAGAGGGGGGCUGUUGUACAACGCCAGAGCCGCAGGCACACACACAUUUACGUACCACACACACACACACAUAUAUAUAUAUGUAUAAAGGGCCUCAUGAUCUAAUUCAGGUGCUGGCAGAAUCAAUCCCCAUUGCAAUGUGUAAUUUGGUGCAUUAGCAGACCCAGUUUCUGAGGGCUGAGAACAACUGUGGUCAAGGUCGAGUAACAGGAGGAAGAUUUCAAUGAGGAAAUGUGAUGUUUAUGUGGGACAUGUUCUGUCAGCUGUGCCCCCAAAAAUCCACAGCCCUGAAGGGGCCCCAAAGGGACCAAAAGCAUUCACAGGGCUCCUUUUGGACUGAGAGGAAUGAGCAGGGAUCAGCAGUGCUGGGGUGCAGGAGGACCCCAGCACAGCCCUUGGGAUUGGGGUGUCUCAGGGUUGGGGUCUGGCAGCAGCAGCAGAGACAUGUGGGGUGAAGACCCCUUCUGUGGAGAGUGGGGGGGAGGAUGCAGCAGCAUGAGCUGAACCUGGGCAGGAAUCAGCUUAAUCCAAGUCCUGUGCACCUUCCUGGAGGAGGAGAAGGAUGCUCUGGUACAAAAACAUCAAAAAGAUAAAUUCCGAGUCUGGCGUAGGCUGGAGAUUAGUCUGGAGCAUCUUCCUGUGCCCAUCUGCCAGGGCACUGCUGUGCCAGGGCAGCACCAUGUGCCUUGUGCUCCCUCCAUGGCACCAUGUGUGGGGAGAGGUGUGGGGAGCCUUGGGAUGAGGAUUGGGAUGGGAAUGGGAGGGGAGGACACAGCAGGAAGGGUUUGGAGGUGCCACUGUGCCCAGCACUGGUAUGAUCCCAUCAGAGAAGCACCUGGCCUGGUAUUAAUUGGGAUCACAUGGGAGGAGAGGGGCUGGGAUCCCAGAGAGGAGAGGGGCUGGGAUCCAGGGAGGAGAGGAGAUAGAUCCCAGAGAGGAAGAGGAGUGGGAUUCAGGAGGAGAUACAGGGAGAAGAGGGUCUGAAUGCCAGGGAGAAAAGGAACUGGGAUCCAGGGAGGAGAGUCCUGGCUGCUGGGGUGGGACAGGGGCAGCAGAGGACUCAGGCAGACCCAGAGCAGGUCUCCAGGCUCAUGGCACAUCUCUGUCACAGGCGCCACUCGUACCGGACCGGGCAGGACAUCGCCAACUGUGGGACCUGCCGGGACUGUGCCUGCAUCAUCUACAGCGUGGAGCACGAUUUCCGACAGCAGGAAGGUCGCUUCCAGCGGGUGCUGAGCCACAUCGAGGGCGACACGGGGCCGAGCUCCCCCCCGACGGCGCUGGGGGCGGCGGGGGUGGCAGUGGGGACGGCGGGGACCCCCUCACCGCCCAGGCAGGAGCCAUCGCCCGUGUCGAGGCUGCCGGCAAAGCUGGACGUGAAGAAAUCGCGGCGCAAAUGCUUCUGGUUCCUGUGAGCCCGGAGCGCCGGGGCACCGUCCCAGCACUGAGCCCCUGCCCACCUCUCCUCUCUCCCUCCCUCCCUCCCACGGUAGGGUUUGGGUAGCACCAGCUUUUCUAUUUUUAACCAUUCCGUUGAACGCGGGGAGCUCGGGUGUGGAAAGGGCGAGGGGAGCAGCGGCUGUAUUUAAGGAGAAUUCAAUAAAUUCCAAGGAGACGCUA